AUGGCCAAGAAAGGACAAAAUGAGAAUCUUACUGAGAGACAGGCAGUAAAUCCUUUAUUUGGACAGGCACCUGCAUUUGCAGUACAGAACUCCUUGGUGGACCCAGCGGUAGUAAGGUAUCUUCAGGAUGUCAGGAAAGAAGCUCUAAGGACCACAGUGGUGUCGAUAAAACCCCAAAAAAGAGCAAGACCUGUCGUUACGGCAAGUAUGUACGACGAUGACGACGACGAACUUCCAACUCUAACAGCAAGGAAGAAAGGAAGAAACAGUGCAUAUGAAUUUCCAGACCAACUAAUUUACUUUGACAGAAACAUGAAUGACUGGAUCAAGUGGUUUGAAUGUACUAAGAAUAUCGUUCAGGAGAAGGCCUACGAGUUCACUGGAUACGAUGAUAAUACGUUAAAUAUCUUGUUAUGCCAAUUGAAACAAUACAUGGAAACUAAAUCCAAAGAUGAAGAUAAACUUUCAAGUCUUAUCGGAAUUAUCAGCGAUGAAUGUAUUGAAACGACUGACUCCAGUGAUCAUUCCUUAGAAAUUGAUGAAACUUGGGCAGAAACGAUGUGUGAAAAAUUACAAUCAAGGGCGAUAAAGAACAUUUCAGAGAUAAAGGACUGUGUACUAGAAACUCCAAUGGAACCCUACGGAUUUAAAGCCUGGUAUAAAUAUUUGAUUAGUAAUGUUCCAGUUCAUACUUGUUUUGUAACUAUGAUAAAUGACAGGAACGUGUGGAUUUUAAUACAGUAUUUCCAACAAGGGCUAUUAGAAGAAAUUUAUAAAAGGGGGAAAAAUGCUUCGGUACUAGAGGAAUGGUUAUUAGAAAUCAUGAUUCAUCUUCCUGUUAAUAUCACUGCAGAAUACACCAGCACUCUAAGAGAUCUUGGGAAAAAAUGUCAGGUAUUGAUUAAGAGACAAAUUGAAAGUUCUUCCGCCAAGACAUUGUUAAGGUUACCGAAAGAGCUGGAAGAGUUGGAUAUUAAGGCACCACAACAGAAUGUUAGCAUAUUUGAGCUAGUACUUUCCAUUAUUGCUAAGAUAUAUGGACAAAGAGAUCUUAUCGAUUGGAAAUCAACAUUAAUAUAA